UUAAUGGCGAUCACCAAUGACGGGUCGUCUGAUGAAAACUGACGUUUCUAGUUAUCAUUUAGGAUAUUAGUAGAUACUGUGUUUACGUAAACAUGACGGGACUUUUACCCAGCUACCAGCGAUUUGUUAAUGGGGUUCCCGUGCCGUCCAUUUCUAGACGAUCGUUUCGUCUUCGUGAAAAAUAUUUGAUUAUUUCUGUACUUUUGACAUUUGCUGUCGUGUGGCUAGGCGCAUUAUUUUAUUUGCCCGAGUUCAAAAGUUCUACAAGUGUGAAUGAUAGUGUUUAUAAUGUUUACAAACGUAUUCAGAAAGCAGGACCAGAACUUCUUAUGCCUCCACCGCUCGCUCAGAAUGAAGUCGGUGACUUUCCCGUUGUUGGUAUCGUUCGUCAUAGAGAAGACGGGGAUGAUCCCCACGUAGUCGAAGAUAGGAACCGUUUACGCGCGAAGAUAGACGAGGAAAUGGGUAUGAAAGUGCUUGAAAGGCCACAAUUUGAUGUGGCACCCUCUGUCUCAUCUUCAAAGGGACCAAGCAAGCCUCCCGUUAAUGCCAUUGAGGAACCUGAAUUAGGAAAUAAUGCAGCAAGCAAAGAUAUACCGGUAUCAGACUUAAAAAUGGAGGGUUCUGAGAAGAAGUAUGUGGUUCCCGCUAUAGACCCAAGUACAGACCCUGAUGUCAUACAAAAAAGGAACACCGUUAAAGAGAUGAUGCGUCACGCGUGGAACAACUACAAACUGUACGCAUGGGGUAAAAACGAACUGAAGCCGAUAUCGAAGCGUGCUCACUUGACCAGCGUGUUCGGUGGCGGAGACCUGGGGGCUACCAUCGUCGACGGUAUGGACACGCUCUACAUCAUGGGCCUCAUGGACGAGUUCAGAGAGGGAAGGGACUGGAUAGCUGAACAUUUCCAUAUCAACGAAAUCGACACUGAUCUGUCAGUCUUCGAAACGACGAUCCGCUUCGUGGGCGGUCUACUCUCCUGCUACGCGCUGACCGGAGACACAGUGUUCCGCGACAAGGCCGCAGAGGUUGCCGACGCGUUGCUGCCAGCCUUCGAGACGCCUACUGGUCUCCCUUACGCCCUUAUCAAUCCCUCUAAUAAGGCAAAUCGCCAGUAUCACUGGGCGGGUGCAAACAGUAUUCUGUCUGAAGUGGGCACUCUACACAUGGAAUUCACUUACUUGAGUGAUGUCACUGGCAAGGAAGUUUACAGGCAGAAGGUAGAUCGUAUACGCGAAGUUCUUCACAACAUUCAAAAACCAGACGGCCUCUAUCCCAACUACAUCAACCCUAGGACAGGACAGUGGGGACAAAGGCACACGUCUCUCGGAGCUCUAGGUGACUCUUUCUACGAGUACUUGUUGAAGGCGUGGUUGGUGUCCAACGGCGAGGAUGAGCAGGCUCGCGUGAUGUUCGACGAGGCCAUGCAGGCGGCGCUCGAAAAAAUGCUGAGGAUAUCGCCCUCGGGCCUGGCCUACCUCGCCGAGGUCAAGUACGGCAGGGUAUUUGAGGAAAAAAUGGACCAUCUCUCUUGUUUCGCGGGCGGCAUGUUCGCGCUGGCGUCCACCUCGCUGGAGAACUCGCAGUCGGAGCGCUACAUGGACGUGGCGCGCCAGCUCACGCGCACGUGCCACGAGAGCUACGACCGCGCCGACACCAAGCUCAGCCCCGAGGCCUUCCGAUUCUCGGGUGCAGUAGAGGCUAGAGCUAUGAAGAGUAACGAAAAAAUGUACUUAUUGCGGCCUGAAACCUUCGAGAGCUACUUCAUCAUGUGGCGUCUCACCAAGGACCAGAAAUACCGCGACUGGGGGUGGGAGGCUGUCCAGGCUCUGGAGAAGCACUGCCGCGUGGAGGGCGGCUACACGGGGCUGCUGAACGUGUACCGCGCGCCGGCGCCCGGCGACGACGUGCAGCAGAGCUACUUCCUGGCCGAGACGCUCAAGUACUUAUACCUCCUAUUUUCUGAUGACUCGCUAAUCUCUCUCGACGAGUGGGUGUUCAACACUGAAGCUCAUCCGUUUCCCAUUAAAGGCAAGAAUCCCCUCUACCGAGCGGCAGACAAACUAGCAAUAUCCGGAAACGAUGACAACCAGGUCUGA